CCGCAAAUUCUCAAAAUAUCAAACGUCAAAGAUAGUGUAAUAAACACUUUUUGAAUGAAUUAUUUAUAUUUUAUAUUCUGAUAAAAUAAAAUAACUAAGUCCAAGUAUAGAAGAUUUUUCUUCAUAAUAAUGGAAAUAGAAGAGCAUUCAUUAGCUUUAAAAGUAAUGCGGUUGACUAGGCCAACAUUAACUAGUCCUCUGCCUAUCACUUGUGAAAGUAAAGAUUUACCUGGAAAUUUAUUUAACAAUGCCCUUCAAACAGACCCUACCUCAGUUGAUGGAGCUGAGACUUUAUGUUGUGGCCAAUUUUUACUUCUACCCCAAAGUCCUGUCAAUAUAUAUUUAGGAGAGACUUUCUCUAGUUAUAUUUGUGUUUUCAGUGAAACGCAAGAAGUAGUUAAAAAUAUUCAUGUUAAGGUUGAUCUCCAAACUAGUUCUCAGAAACUAUCAUUAUCUUCUAAUCCACCAACUGCUGAAUUAGUUCCUGAUGACACAAUAAACAUUAUCAUUCAUCAUGAAGUUAAAGAAAUUGGAACACACAUUUUAGUAUGUGAGGUAUCUUACAAUAAUGUAAUGGGAAUGCCCGCUACAUUCAGAAAAUUUUUCAAGAUCCAAGUGUUGAAACCAUUGGAUGUAAAAACAAAAUUUUACAAUGCUGAAAAUGAUGAUGUGUAUUUAGAAGCUCAAGUUCAAAACAUUACAAUGGGCCCUAUAUAUUUGGAAAAAGUUGAUUUAGAUGCUUCUCAAAAUUAUAAAGUUACUUCUUUGAAUUUUACUACUGAUGGUGAAAAUAUUUUCGGCCCUUCAAUGUUAGUGAAUCCACAGUCAAUAUGUCAAUUUUUAUAUUGCCUGACUCCUAAUGAUGAUGGAAAAAUUUUAAGCGGUUCUACUAAUAUUGGAAAGUUAGAUAUUGUAUGGAGAUCAAAUCUUGGUGAAAAGGGAAGAUUACAAACAAGUCAACUAUCAAGAAAGGACCCUGAAUAUGGAGAUAUUUUAAUAUUAUUGAAAGAAAUGCCGAAUUUUGUUGUAUUAGAAGAGCCAUUUAUAUUAAAAUGUGAAUUAAUAAACAAUUGUGAAAGAACUGUAGAAUUAAUGCUUUACUUUGAAAAUUUAAAAGGUAUUGCAUGGUGUGGUAUUUCUGGAAAGAAAUUGGAACCUUUAGCACCAAAAUCUAAAAAAACUCUGGAAUUCAAGGCUGUUCCAUUGAUUCCUGGUCUAACCAAUAUAUCUGGCAUAAAGUUAUUGGAUACAUUUUUGAAGAGGACAUAUUCAUAUGAUGAAUUAGGUCAAAUAUUUGUUGUUAUUGAUAAAUCAUAUAAAAGCUAAUAUUGCUCAUUUCUGUUGUAAAAAUUUUAUCUGUUGAUUUCUAAGAAAAAUUAUAUUAUAUAUUAUUAA